GGUUGGCGCCUCGCAGCAGGGCAGUGAUGCCCAAUGCUGAACUCUUGCAGGUUUCCAGCUCGGCAGCAGCCGCCGGACCCCCGACCCCAUCCUCGCUGGACAAGAAGGCAAAGAACCUGGCAAACACGACGCUGUCGCCGGGCCCCGGGCAGGGGAGCGAUUUGCCGGCCAGCUCGGCCGCCCGCGAGGGAAACCGCAGCUUCGAGCAGGCGCAGAGCAAGGAGGACGUCGCUCAGCUGAAAUGCCGCCUGCAGAAGCUCCGAGCGCUGACGCGAAAGGCCAAGCUGCCCGUCGCCGCCUCCCCGGAGACGUGUGCUGCCCUUCGGAGCCGCCUCGAGCAAGCGCGGGCACUGGAAGCCAAGAUCCGCCAAAGGCGGGUGGAGGAGAAGGCAUCUGAGCCGGAGCCAUCCAGAGAGCCCCCGGCUGCAGCCAGGGACAAGGCACCUGCCUACCAGAGGUUCCACACCCUCGCCCAGGACGUGCCCCCCGGGCUGACGCUGCCCUACAAGUACAAGGUGCUGGCCGAGAUGUUCCGCAGCAUGGACACCAUCGUGGGCAUGCUCUUCAACCGUGCCGAGACCAUCACCUUCGCCAAGGUCAAGCAGGGCGUCCAGGACAUCAUGCGCAAGCAGUUCGAGCAGCGGCACGUGGGCCAGAUCAAAGCUGUGUACCCUGCCUCCUACACGCUGCGCCAGGACAACAACAUCCCUACCUUCGGGGCGGGCAUGAAGCGAUCCGGCUACCAGCUCACCAUCGAGCCCGUGCUGGGGGAAGAGGAGAAGGUAGACGGCCGUCCCCACCUGUCGGCAUCGCGCUUACUGGAGCGCCGCAAGGUUUUCAGCAGGAACCUAGUGAACCUGGUCAAGCAGCAUCACAAGACCUUCCUGGCAUCUCUGAGCCCGCCCCUGGCCGUGCCCGAUGACCAGCUGACCCGGUGGCACCCCCGCUUCAACGUGGAUGAGGUGCCGGAUGUGGUGCCGGCCGAGCUGCCGCAGCCUCCGGCAGUGGACAAACUGACCACGGCCCAGGAGGUGCUGACCAAGGCCCGGAGCAUGAUGUCGCCCAAGAUGGAAAAGGCCCUCGCCAACCUGGCCUUGAGAACAGCCGAAACCGGUGCCACGGAGCAGGAGGCGCCCAAGGCGGCCGCACCCCUGGCUGGCACCCCCAGUGCCCUGAGAGGGGUGUCCCAGUCCCUGCUAGAGCGGGUCCGAGCCAAGGAGGCGCAGAAGCUGCAGGCCCUGAUGACGCGGGCACCGGAGCGGGAGCAGCGACUGGCCAUGCUGGUGCGGCUGCCGGAGAUGGCGCGGCUGCUGCGCACCGUGUUCGUGGCAGAGAAGAAGCAGGCGCUGACGGUGGAGGUGGCCUGCGCUCACAUGGCUGGCAGCUACCGCACCACACUGGCGCCUGGUGAGAUGGAGAAGCACCUGCGCCUCUUCUCGGAGGUGCUGCCUGACUGGGUCAGCCUCCACCCAAUCCGCCAGGACACCUAUGUCAAGCUGGACAAGAGCAAGGACCUCAAUGUCAUCGUGGAGAGACUGAGCAAGCUGAUCCAGGAGGAGGAGAGGCUCUGAUCCCCGCUGGGCUGGGGUGGAUGGGGGUGAGCGGGGUUGGGAUUGCAGACCUCGCUUAGUGCAAUCCGUGCCAGGAACGUAGCAGGCGCCGUGUGAGCGGGGCCCUGUAGGGAAGCCCCUUGGGGCUGCUGGUGCUCUUGGCUGCUGCAGCGGGAAGGCAGGUAGACGGGCACCUUUGUUUUAACUUGUGCUUUUACCCCAAUCCUGCUGGACGCUGCCCCCGCUCGCACAGGAGGGCAGCUGGGUCCUGGCUCUGCCUGGAGCAAGUGAACCAGACGCGUCUCCUUGCAGCUCUGUGCUCCUGGCUCCUCGGAGUAACGGGCUGCACGUGAGUCCAACCCUGCCCUGGGCUGUGACCUGGCCGACUCCUGAGCCGCAUGGGCAUGAGUCCCCCAGAGGCUUUAACAGCUCAGCUCUGUGGAGGGAGUCUUAUUGUCUGUUUCUUCCGUUAAUUGAACGCCCUCCAAGGCAGCCAGUGCUUGUUACCGGUGGAGUUUCCUUUUUAAAAUCACAGGUGCUUCCGUCACUUUUUAUGCAUUAUUCCGGGUUUGGGAAGGGGUGCAUCUACUGCCCUCGCGCUGGCCAGGCGCCUCGGCUGUGUGCAUAGUUUUCCAUGUGUUCGUAUUAAACUUAAUUGCUUCCACAAAGGAGCCCUUACCU